AUGCUUCUGUGUCAUUAUGCAUUCCCAAAUUGUGAUCAAACCAAACCUGCUGAACCAAAACCUUUACCUCUAUGCAAGGAAGAUUGCACAGCUGUGGAGGUUGUUUUUUGCUACAAAGAGUGGGGAAUCACACAAGCAGACAAGAAAAGUAACAAGUUCUUAAAAAGCAGAGCCCACUUCCGUUUACCGGUCUGUCAUGAUUUACCUAGUCGAAGGAGCACCAUUCCCAAAUGUUCUCCAGCUGCACUGUUUGACAGAAAACCCGAAGAAGUUACCAGUACUUAUUUAUUUUUUCUUUUGUGUCGGUCAUUCAUUUAUUUAUUUUUAUUUUUCUUCUGCCGUAUGAUGUUUCAUAAUUUUAUUUCGGUUAAUUACAUUUAUACUUACUUACUUUCUUUCUUUCUUUCUUUCUUUCUUUCUUUCUUUCUUGUUCGCCUACUCUUUUCGCCUCUGCUUCUUUUCCUCUCUCUCUCUCUCUCUCUCUCUCUGUAUUCCUCCAUCAUUUUCUGUUUUCCUAUUCUCAUUCUCUUUGCCUUACCUCACUACUUUACAACAUUGCUUUUACAAAUAAAUAAAUCCUUAUCCUAUAGGCUACCUCUUCUUUUUCAGUCCGCACACUACUUUUUUUCUCUUUCCGUUCACUUUUUGUUUAAAUUUUUCCUUCUUUUAUUUUUUCUUUCGUGCUGUCUUUAUUUCUUUGUAUUUUCCUAUCCCAUUUCUUUCUUUUUUUCAUUGUAUUAUUCACUUUUUCUCUCUUUCUCAGUGCUCAUAGCUUCUGUUCAUGUUUUUUAUUUGUCUAUAUUUUCAUCUUUGCUUUCUUUCUUCUAUAUUAUCUCUUUUUAUUUUCUUUAUUUCUCAUAUUUUUUCUUCUUUCUUCGUAUCAACAUCUUUCUAAGUUCUAUAUUUCUUCCGUUUCUGUAUUCUUUUUCUUUCUUCAAAUAUCUUUACAACUUCUUUCUUUCUUUCUUUCUUUCUUUCUUUCUUUCUUUCUUUCUUUCUUUCUUUCUUAUCUACCUACCAAGCCACUCACCAAUUUCCUUAUCCAACUACUGUCGUAAUCCAGGAGGAGAUACUCACAAACCUUGGUGUUAUGUCAACGUUACAUUCCGACGCUGGGAACACUGUGAUAUUCCAAAAUGCAACACCACGGAAAUAACACCUCAGCAUAAGAGUAACCCUCUUUCGCUCAUGACUAUAUUUAUCAUAACAGCUGUGGUAUCCGCUGGAGUUAUGGUUCUGGCAGUCAUAUUUUUCCUCUGCUACCAAGUAUUCCUUAAUAAUCAAGGAGCCAAAUACAAGUCAACCCCGCAAGACGAUCUUGACAUCGACCUCGACAAACUGCCACAGAAUAUGUCCUAUCAUCGUAUGAAAGGAAGCACGAAAAAUCCCAAGAUUGAAUCCUUAGAAUAUCCCCGCAACGAUAUCGUUUACAUCCGUGAUAUUGGCCAGGGCGCAUUUGGAAGAGUCUUUAAAGCAAAAGCAGCAAAUAUUGUUAAGGGUGAAGAUUUUACUCUGGUCGCUGUAAAAAUGCUGAAGGAUGAUGCAUCAGAAGAUCUAAUGCAAGAUUUUGAACGAGAAGCCAGUAGCAACUGCUGCUGUCGUUGUCACUGUCUCCGCCACCGUCACCAUGUUGUUUACAUAUGCCCUCUCACUCUCUCUUUAUCUUGCUCUCCCGUCGUACCAAUGACGGAUCCCGCCAAAUCCCCUCCCUGCAGAAUCACCUCACAUCCAUUUCCCUCCUCCUAUGUCUUUUAUUUGUAUUUCUUUCUGCUUUUCUCUUUUCCUUUUUCUAAAUUGAUAUUGUUUUUUUUUCAUUAUCAUGCCUACUUUUUGCCCCCCUCUUGUAUAUUUCCAAUAUUUACUUUCUUCUCUGAUUUUUACGUUUUCUUUUGUUACUUUUUUGUCCAUCUGGUUUCUUUGUCUUUUCUUUUAAUUUGGUUUUCGUUCGUUAUCUGCUUUCCUUCUCUUCAUUUUUCUUUCUAUUCUUCUCUCAUUACCUACCUUUCUCAUCAUUUUCUUUCUUUCUCUGACUUUGUCUCUUCUUUAUUCUCUUUCUUUGAUUUCUUUUAG